GAUUCAUCAAAACUAAGUGGUUGGCUUGAAUAUUUUACUGAAGAGCAAUCAUAUGAUAUUGUUGAUAAUAUUGGAAUGAUUGCAUCCGCCUUUCGGAAUUCUUCUUUGAUUGCUAAUUUUUCU